CUAUUACCUAAAGUAUGAUAACAAAAGAUAAGGAACGAUCAUUGUAACAAUAUAAUCAGAGGUUAAAUGUUAAAAUAAUUUAUUAUCAUCCUAAAUGUUCAUAAUCGUAAAUAUUGUUGUUAAUCAUGUAUUUAAAUAAGUAGCUGCGAAAUUUUAAACAAUUUCGAAUUCCCACAUUUCUCCAUUCCCUGUUUGCGUAGACAACUCGGAACAAUGCGUGUAUUUUGCAUAACAAUCGCCUAACAAUAAAACCGAAGGGAUCACGCUAAGAUCGUUCAUUGUUUAUUUGUAGUGCUAAAGAAUUAAGAUACAUUUGUUUGCUUGAGAUAAAAAGUUUUCGUUCAAUAGAAUUUUCGAGACUUAAAUAAAGUGCAAGAAAAUCCGUCAUUUACAGUAAUCUUAAAAUAUAAAGGCAGUGGUGUAUUUAGGUUAAACAAAUUGUAAAAAAUAUGGUUAUAUCAUCAAUUUUAUUCGAUUUGGAUAAUACCUUAAUCGCAACGAGGAAAGGUGAUAAAUUAGCGUGUAAUAAGUUGUCUGAAGUUUUAUGGGAAAAAUAUGCUAUUCCUUUAGACGUGGCUGCAUCUGUGUGUGCAUCAUUUUUGCGGGCGUUUCGGAAAUGCCCCGAGAACACUGAAAUGGGUCUUCACGAAUGGCGAAGACUACUUUGGGCCAAAGCUCUUAAUUGUUACAGCAGCUUGGUGGAUGAAGUUUAUCAGAAGUGGGUCCAUUUGAGGUAUUAUUACCUUUCACUUGAUACAAAUAUUAAAAAUUUCUUAGUGGAACUUCACAAGCAUUACAAUUUGGCUUUGAUCACAAACGGGCCAUCUCAUUCGCAAUGGGAAAAAAUAAAUAUGUUGAAUCUCAGGAGCUAUUUCGAUGUUAUCUUGGUUUCGGGUGAUUUACGUUGGGAAAAGCCACAUCAUAAAAUAUUUCACAUGGCUUGCGAGGAGUUGCAUGUAAGUCCUUGUCAAUGUAUUAUGGUUGGUGAUAAACUAGAAACCGAUAUAUUGGGGGGUAUAAAGGCGAAAUUAGCGUAUACUGUUUGGAUACCUUUGUCACCAACGGAAUCUUUGAAAAAAAAUGAUCCUCAGCCCGAUUACGUCAUUCAUGAUGUAACUAGACUGUGGAAUAUUUUGGAUAAAAGUAAAUGUUUGGAAUGUUUGAAUUCACCAGAUCUUUGUGAUUCAAACAGUAAUCAAAGUGACGGUAGCUGAUUUUUUGGGUUUCAAUUAAUAUACUGUUACUACCUGUUUUCUUUUUAUAUACAUUAGCAAAUAAGAGGAAGUGAUCUCUCUUAUGUGUGUAUAUGGGUAUGUAGAUAUAUCUAGUCGUAAAAUUCAAAUAUUUAAGGUUUUAUUGUUUUGAAUUUCAUGAGAUUAAAAUGUUAAAGGAUUUUUAAACAUAUAAAUAUUUUUAAAGGUAGUAGUAAAUAUUUGUAAAAAGAAUAUUUUAAUAAUACUAAAUGUUUACAUGAACAGUUUUGUGGUAUCAGUAAGUACUUAAAAACAAAGUGGGAUAUCGUUUUAUAUAAACAACAGUAAAUAAAUAUGUAUGUUUA